AUGUCUCAACUCUCUUCAAAGGCAGUAAAGCAGAUUGCAAAAGAGUUGCAAAAAUUAGAACAAACACCACCUGAAGAUAUUCAAGUGAUCACCAAUGAAGAAAAUUUGACUCGAGUUCGAGCUUGGAUUCGUGGUCCAGGUGGUACGCCUUAUGAAGACGGUUAUUUCAAGAUUGAACUUGUCAUGGACCAAUGUUUUCCCGAGAAGCCGCCCAAGGGCUACUUUUUGACUAAAAUUUUCCAUCCCAAUGUAUCAGAUACAGGUGAAAUUUGUGUGAAUACACUUAAAAAAGAUUGGAAAGCAGAACUUGGCAUUGAACAUGUCUUACUGACCAUCAAAUGUUUAUUGAUUGUGCCUAAUCCUGAGUCCGCCCUGAAUGAAGAAGCAGGGAAAUUGUUGCUGGAACACUAUGAUGAUUAUGCAAAACGAGCUCGACUUUAUACCUCCAUUCAAGCCAAAGCAGGAAAAAAUGAAUAUUUGAAAUUAACCAAGGAGAGAUCCAAUCAUCAAGAAAACGAACCUUGUACUAAAAAGAGACCCCAUGAUACAGAAAUAGAAAGUAAAAAAAAGGCGAAGAAUGCAGACAAGAAAAAGACAUUAAGAAGAUUAUAA